GCGGGCGGAACAAGACACUUUUAUCUCAUCCUGACAACUAUUUAUUGUUUAGCUGCUGGCUACCGUUUAACCAAGUUAACCUUUUUAUUUAGUGCUGAAGCACUGUUUGAAGCAACACCUCCAACGUCGUUUUUAUAAAGUGUUAACUGACAUUUAACUAAUAAUGUAACGGAGGGAGCUGUGUUAGCUUAGCAGGUAAACGUUUCUAUUGAAUCACAGCUAAUGCUAGGCAUUCAGCAUUCACUUUUUAGCGGCUAACAGGAGCGACAGCAACACCACCAGGAGACAAGAGAUUACAGAGCUGCGGCAGAUCCACCAGAGCAGCUUCUAGUGGCAACUCAUGAACUGCCCCCCCACCAAGCGCCUCCGCGGCCCGGAUGUAGUGACACCAAUGGGCUUUGACGACCCGUUUGGAGAUGACGAAGACUUCACCCAGGACGACUUUAAUGAGAUUGACAUCCUCGCCUCACAGGCCAUUACAUCGAACCCUGCCCCUGCACCUGGGUCUAAAGCAGGAACUAAACCGAUGGAGCUGGCGCGCGGAUCCACCUGUCAGCCGUCAGCAGGGCAGAGCAGAACUUUAAGCAGAGCCACAACCAAUCAGAGCAGAGAGAACACAUUUGGCUUCAGCAGCAGCAGCAACAAAGGGAAUUCUGGGACACCAGGCAGAGAGCCCCUCGGUAUAAUUGACCGACGUACAUCCCAAAGUAACAGGUUGCAGCGGUUUGGGUCAGAGAGAGAAGACUCCAGCAAUCUGCUGGAGUCUCAGCACGCGGAGCUAAAGAGGAAGCUGAAGGAGGUGGAGGAUGAGAUUGUGAUGAAGAACGGGGAGAUCCGGGUCCUGCGGGACUCUCUGAGAGGAACUCAGCAGGAGAAGGAGGCCCAGAGACAGAACCAGAUCCUGCUGGAGGCCAAGAAAGAGAAAGAGCAUGAGAACAGGGAGAAGGAGCUCAACAAGAAGGUUCAGUCUCUGCAGUCAGAGCUGCAGUUCAAAGAAGCCGAGAUGAUCGAGAUGAAGACUAAACUGCUGAGCUCAGACAAAAUCAAGACGGCCUCUCCACUGCCUAGAAACAGUCCUAAAGUACUAAGCAGUCUCGCCCAGUUGCAUCAUGGGAGCUGCGGCAGUGCCUCCUCCCCAACAGGAAAUGGAUUUAUCACCAAGGAGACAUUUGGAGCCCAUGUUCCAUCCAAAGUGACACCAGUGAAGACACGGAGAGACGUAGACAGAGGGUCAUCCAGCGGCAGAUCUGGUGACAGACAAGAAGUGUCUCGUCCAGACCCCUUCCUGUCCGACAGACCUGCACACCUGCAGCACAGAGGAGGUGUGCUGCUUGGGUUGUUGCUGCAGCAGCCUCUGUCUCCCAGCAGCCUCGGCCUGUCUCACCUGCUGUCUAUGAGUCUGCCUGACAUCCAUCUAAAAUCCAGCGGGCUGUCUUCAGGUUUUCUGCUCCACUCUGCUCCUGCAGCCAGCAUUAAUGUCGGUGUAGGCGGAGCCCCCAGAGCGGCUCUGAGCCCGGUCCAGAGUCUGGCUGUAACUGGACUCAACAUGCUGAGCCAGAACCGACCAGCAGCCAGCAGCACAAACAAAAGGUCGUGUCCUGGAGCUGUGCUCGUCCUCCCUCUGUUGGACCUCCACCUGUCUCGGCUCUGUCAGGCUCUGGACUCGCUGCGCUCCACCCCCGCUGGGAGCGACAGCUCGAGCUCCACUGCUGUCAGCUCACUCCCUGCAGGCAUUGCAGCUGGACUGGGGAGACUGGAGGAGGCUGGUUCCACUGGUUUCAGUGUGGAGGACACUGGUUUGGCUGCUCUGAGGCUACUCAACCUGCUGCUGGCCCACAGUGACGAGGUGGUGGAGGCUGUGCUGUCAAAGGAGAGUCAGAGCCGAGUUCCAGACAUAAAGCCUGAACCCUCUACUGCAGGUGUGGGUUUGUGCUCCCAGAAUGCUUUGCUGGAGUCACUGUUGCGACUGUGUGAAGCCGGGCAAGGCAGUGAAGGCGCCUCGCAGAAUGAGGAGCUCGUCCUCAAUGCCAUGAAGACUCUGCGCGUGCUUAUCGAGAGGACGCCACACACACAUGCUGACAGGUUGCAGUGUGUGUUGCAGGUGGUGUGUGUGUGUUUGUCAGCAGACUGCAGGUUGCAAACAGUGUCGGGGAGUGUGUCCGUCCUCAAGUCCAUGUACGACCAGCGCACACUGGCCCAGCAGCUCUGCUCGCAGCACGACCCGUGCAUUUUCCUGAAGUUGUUCCAGUUUAUCAGAACAAGACCGGACAACCAGGCUACACACACAGACUGGAUUCUGUUGGACCUGCAGGUGGUUUGUUUGCUGAGCCAACUGAUGACCCAGAGAGCAGAGAGCUGGACCAACCAUCACAGCACCUGUCAAUGUUACACCGAGUUGGUCCAGACAGUGGUGAUUGUCUUCCAUCGUCAGUGGUUGGAUCUACAUGGUUCAACAGGCUUGGCCCUGCCCCCACCACAGUGCCCCGCCCCCUCGUUGCCAUGGUGGUGCGGCCCGGCGGCUUCCCUGCUCAGAGAGUGUCUGCUGCUGCUGCACUGGCUGCUGCUGCAUCACGGCAGCUUCUCCGAGAGCUGCAGGCCGCUGCUGCACAUGUAUGACCAGGUGAUCCCCGCUGUACGGGACACGCUGAGGAGGAUCCCCGUGCUGAGGGAGAGCGAGGAGCUGGCGCUGGAAGAGAUCUGCCGCUCAGAGGGUGACGACGCUGAUGACAUGGACACUGACUCCUGAUUGGCUGCUGCCAUUGACGAGGGACACUUUCCUGAGUGUUGAUUGGAUAUUUCCCGGACAGAACAGAGACUAAAGCGGGUGUUGGAAAGGACUAGAGAAAAUUCAGAAGAUUUAACAAUAAAACAUGAAGGUGAGAAAAACAUCACAGCUUCAUGUUUCAUUCCUUGAAGGGGCCAUAUCCCGCUUGUUUUCAGAUUUAUAUUUAGUGCCUCUACUAUGACUUGAUGUUCACAUGCUUUAAUGUUCAAAAAGCUCUUUAUUUUUCUCAUACUGCCUGUGCUGCUGCACCUAUUUUCAGCCUCCGUCUGAAACCAGAGCCCUUUGUGCUCUGAUUGGAUAGCUGGCCAGCUCUGUUGUGAUUGGUCAGCAACUUAGAGAUGUCCCGUCCCAUAGCCUAUCACAUACAAUCUGUAAUCUUACUCUAUUUUUAAAAAGAGAGUCUUGCUUUUUGGCUACAAGUUAAGACGAUAUUAUCAGUAUCACUUUUAUAUCGGUAUGUAUCUUGAGACCCUUGUGCUCAUGUUGCCACAAAGUUAGAUAGACACAGGUCUCUACAUCCCAAACAUUCUAAUAACAAAAGGAAAAUACAGACCUGCUUUGUGCUGGCUGUGUGUUUUGCUGGUUGUGUACUAAAAUGUUUCCGUAAACACAAACUAGUGAGAGGCAAAUCAGUUGGUGAAACAUCUUUUAUUUUUUCUCUGGAACUGAGGUGUGACACAUUCAGAAGAAGGCAUCCUAUUGGCUGGUUGCAUGGUCGGUCUGUCAAAGACUUGAGAGUUGGGAAUUGUUUUUUUUUAAGAUUACAACAUCGCUAUUUUCAUAUUAUGAUUGAACACACAGUGCUUAUAAUCAAUCCUUCAUUCUGAGAUGUCAUUAUACCCUUCCGUUGACACACAUCAGCACUGUUAUUUUGGGAUGCUGGUCGAUCCAGAGACACUUUCAGUGUCCCAGAAUAAUCCUGCUAUUUUUUCUGAGGUGAAUAUAUAUGACAUCCAGGAAAUAGUUAGUUAUUUUUAUUUUGGAUAACCAGUUUUAUUGGCACCCCAAAAAGAGAAAUCAAUGGAGUGUGAAUGGAGGUUUAAUCAUGAAAAAAUAGCUUCCAUUACACUAGGAUCAGCAGAAAAGAAAGGGACGAGUUGUUCAUUUAAAGACAGACUUAAGCUCAAUCUAAACUUUUUAAGUUUCUCUGGGUAUUUCUGUUUUUCAGACAGAUGUCUGCUGAUUUUCAAACGGAUCGAUCCUUGUCUUAUAAUUCUAGGGAGCAAACAGGAAGUGUAAACACUGAGAGGAAGUUGCUGUCCCAACAUUAAUGUCAACUUUACAUUGUUUCAGGGAACUGGGCAUUUCUGUUCUUUAGAAGUCGCUUGUUGAGGAAGGCACACGUGAGUCUGGUCAAGUAACCCAGGGGUGUGUGUGUGUGUGUUCUUGUAUGUCUAUCUUUGUGAGGACUACUUCAAUUUUUGACUGGCUUUUUUUUUCUUUGUUUUUUCUUAUACUUAAUAUCGGGUUAAGGUCCCCCAAGGGUUGGGGCUAAUUGACUUAGUGGCAAUAGACAAGUUAUGGAAUACAUUUAUGAUUAAAUAAAUGUUCCUUCAUUGCAGAAUGUGAGGGCUGUAGAAGAAUGACACUAUCAGCAUUUUAGAUUGGUUUCCCAAUAAUAAUCCUUCCUUUAAUUAUGCAAUCCUGUCUGUCUCUUUCAAGUUCCUGUGUAAAUGAAUACUUGAUUUACCACAGAAAAGGACAUGCUUCAACAAUUGCAACACCAAAACCAUAAGAGGAUGGUGUUUUUAUUUUCCAAUGUGUGUAUCCACAGUUACCCUGGGCGGAUUUGGCGUACGGUGGAACAACCUCAGUGAAAUGUAAAAACACAAAGCAAUGUGUCUUGACUACAUCACUCUGAGCAGAAUAUAUUCAAAUACACUUUUUCCUGAGAGGUCUGAAGAACUUGCUAAAUAAGAAGCUAUCUGUAGGCUUUCUUUAUGGCAUCGAUGCAAACAAUAAUACUUUUUUGAAACUCUGUGGACUUGAAUUAAAUUAUUUUGGGUCCUCACAAGUAUAGAAGUACAAACGUGUGUUAGUGUUUUUCCGUCCAUGUUGGGACCACCUGGUCAUCGUCCUCUUGUUUAGCCUGUGGUGUUUUGUGUGAGCUGUGAUGAGUCUUUUGCGUUUUGUGAUGUGGUGUGCGCGGAUUGUUCAGCCACGGGUGCAUCAGCAGCUCCGACGCCGUCAGUCUCUCUGCGGGCGACUUCCUCAGCAUGCAGCCAAUCAGACACUUUGCUCGGGGUGAGAGCCAAUCAGGCAGGCUGAAGGCCCCGUGGCGGAUCUUAGCAAACAGCGCGGCAGGUUGUGUGUCCUGAAAUGGGUAUCGUCCAAUCAGCAUGGUGUACAGAGACACGCCCAGGCUCCAGGUGUCUGCGGCGCGGCCGGAAUAAGACUUGCGCCUAUUGGUCAGUAGCUCGGGGCUGACGUAGGCGGGGCAGCCGUGUCUGUCCGUCAGAGAGUCAUCAACAUGGUUCCCCUGGAGGAGGACGCAGUCAUCGAGGCCGAGAAGAGCAACACGUGUCCUGCAGAAAGAAAAUCAAACUUUCAAUUUAUACAUCAUCAGUAGAUGUAUUACACACAUUUAAUGAUACCAUUAUGAUGUUGCUGCUUGUUAUAAUACUGCUGAUACUACUGAUGUCAGCAGUGUCGUUACUUUCAGUCCGUCAGUCUCACCUGUAUUUGUCGGUGAAGACGAACCUGCGGAGCUUCAGGUCUGUCAGGACAACGCCGUGCUGGUGACAGUGCGUCACGGCGCUCAGCAUCUGAGCGAACAGAUGCCCCGCCUCCUCCUCGCCGACAUGCUUCCUGCUUCGCACGUACGCGUGCAUGUCACCGUGGUGACGGGGAAGAAAGACGUACACGCUGUCCUCGCCAAUCACUACGUCCUGCAGGCUGCAGAUGUUGUCAUGGUCACCUAUGCGGGAGUAAGCAGCCAACCGUCCCUGGUAACCACGCAGAGGAAGCACCUGUAACCAUGAUAUUCAGGUUAGAUAACAUGAAUACAGUUGGAAAUUUCCUUGUGGAAUAAUUUUACAAUAUCAUGAGUAUUUUCAACAGUAUUUACAAUGUCACUAGCAGUAUCAGCAUUAUUUCCAAAAAGUGUUUCAAAAGCAAUUCUUUGCCGGUUCAAGAAUAUUGGUGUUUCCAAAACUAUGGGUAUUUAUUUUAGCAAUAUCAGUCGUUUCAUAAGCAGUAUUUUCAGCAGUAUCAGCACAUGUCGUAAAUUAAAGUAAUUUAAACAUAUGUUGUAGUAUUUUCAGCAGUUUUAGCUUUAGUGUUGGCAGUAUAUAAUGUAGCCUUGACAUUAUAUACUGCCAACACUAAAGCUGAAAAUACUACAAAAUAUGUUUAAAUGACUUUAAUACGAGCAUACAAAUAUUUUUGCAGUAUAAACAAUAUAAGCAUUUUUUCUUUAUUAUAAGCUUUAAAGUUUGAAGUAACUGUGCUAUGUUUACCACUAUAAACAGUGUUCAUGCAAAGAUAUAAACCGUAUCAAUAAUAUUUUUUCAUAAAGAGUUAUAUUUGAUGUAGUAUCACAUUUUUUAUAGAAGGAUAAGCUGUAAUUUUGGCAGAAUCUAUAGUAUUUUCACCAGUAUGUCUUACAGUAUAAGCAGUAUUGGAAGUAUUUUUUCCAGUAUCAGUGGAGGCUGUACCUGGCAGGUGUAUUGCUGUUUUGUGUGCGCGUGCUCGGCCCGGUAAGUUUUCUCGCCCUCGCAGCGUUCAAACAGGAUGUAGGAUCCGACUCUGGAUGGCGAUUGGCUCUGGUGGGGCUUGGGCGAGGGGCUUCUGGGCCUGAAGCACUGCGAGAGUCCGUUGGCCGGAGGGGUCGGAUCCAGACGAGCUGCUUUCCAUUUCGGUGAAUUGUCCUGGGGCUCAUCCAACAGUCUCUUCAGACAGCGCUGAGAACUGGCUGCAGUCACGCCCAUGCUCAUCUGUGAUUGGAGGAGACAAAAGACAUCAGGUCAAUUACAACUUACAUCUUUUGAUGUAACGCUGAAGAGGAGGUGUUUAAAAACAAAAGUGACAUGAGUGAAAAAAGUGAAUUCAAAUGUAAGGCAGGUUGGAUUAAUUAAUGUUUUGGGGCUAUUGAAACAUUAUAAAUACUUCUUUAAAUGCAUUAUGAAUCUAUGCACCUGUUUCACAGUCGCAUCAUUUCCAUUUUUUAAUUUUUAUCAUAAAAAGUAUUAAUUAGAGCUGCUUAAGAUUCCGGUUUUCCUAUAUUGUAAAGCUCAGGUGUUUUUUAGGAAUGAUCUUGUGUAUUUGAUAGUUACUUUGUUAUCUAGAUUAACACCCUUUUAAAGACAUAAUUACAAAUUGGUUCAAAACAGCAAAAAAAAACAAUAAAACCAAAGAAUUAAAUCAGAGCAUCAUACAAAAAACAUCAAAGCAAGAAUAAAAUAAAGUUUACAAUGAAAAAAUAAAAAUAAUGAAACGAUGUAACUGAUAAUUACACAAAUGCAGCAAGGAAUUCAGUAAAACUGCUUAAGUAUUAUAAAUUGAAUAAUGGACGUGUGGUAAUAGUUGGUCCUAUUUCCAGAAUAGUUCUAGAAGAAACUGGAACUCCAAGCACUACUUAGCCCCCUCUGCUGGUCACAUCACUGAUGAGCCCCCCCCCCACACACACAACCCUCCUCAGCUAUAUCUCUACGUACAGUAGAAAUGGGUUUUAUUAGAUUAUAUUAUCUCACAUCUGGGUGUGUUGCGAGUCUCUGCGGCUCACAUGUUACCCUGCUAACGUGUCUAUAGGCUUCAUGAUGAAACGUCCUGUAAGCUGACAGACGCUUCAGCUUUCAGAUUGUUGCAUCAGAGCACAACAGUUUAUGGUUUAAACACACUUUAAAUACAGUCAACACCUACCACACACAUACACACACACUAACGCACGUUGAGUGUUUUUAUA